UCAUUACGAACGACACUUCCUUGCGUGUCGGACGCGUGCGCGUACGGUGAGUUUAGUGACGCUGUGUCCUGUUGGUGAGAGCCGCGACACUCCGCGGUACCCGUUUAAUUCCAUACCUAGUGUUUCGCCGUUUAAUCAGAAUGGAUCCCGCAAAAAUGACUAUGAUGCCGCACAGCAAGAAACGCGUCUGCUACUAUUACGACAGUUUAGGUGAUAUCGGUAAUUAUUAUUACGGCCAAGGACACCCCAUGAAGCCACAUCGUAUAAGGAUGACGCACAACCUGCUAUUAAACUAUGGCCUUUACAGAAAGAUGGAGAUAUAUCGACCUCAUAAAGCCACAGCAGAUGAGAUGACAAAAUUUCAUAGCGAUGAGUACAUUAGAUUUCUGAGAUCAAUAAGGCCGGACAACAUGUCUGAGUACAACAAACAAAUGCAACGAUUUAACGUAGGAGAAGACUGCCCUGUCUUUGAUGGCUUGUAUGAGUUUUGUCAAUUAUCAGCUGGUGGAUCUGUAGCUGCUGCUGUAAAACUUAACAAGCAAGCCUCAGACAUUUGCAUUAACUGGGGUGGUGGUUUACAUCAUGCCAAGAAGAGCGAAGCGUCAGGUUUUUGUUAUGUAAACGAUAUUGUCCUUGGUAUUCUGGAAUUACUAAAAUAUCAUCAGAGAGUUUUGUACAUUGAUAUUGAUGUUCAUCAUGGCGAUGGUGUAGAAGAGGCUUUCUACACAACGGAUAGAGUGAUGACUGUCUCAUUUCAUAAGUAUGGUGAAUACUUUCCUGGAACUGGAGAUCUACGUGAUAUUGGAGCAGGAAAGGGAAAGUAUUAUGCAGUGAAUAUACCUUUGAGAGAUGGCAUGGAUGAUGAAAGUUACGAAUCCAUAUUUGUUCCCAUUAUCUCCAAGGUUAUGGAAACCUUCCAACCUUCUGCUGUUGUUCUGCAAUGUGGUGCUGAUUCAUUAACUGGCGACCGAUUAGGAUGCUUCAACUUGACAGUGAGAGGUCAUGGUAAAUGCGUGGAAUUCGUGAAAAAAUAUAAUUUGCCGUUUUUGAUGGUGGGAGGUGGCGGCUAUACAAUCAGAAAUGUGUCCAGAUGUUGGACAUAUGAGACGUCUGUAGCUUUGGGAUGUGAAAUUGCAAAUGAACUUCCAUAUAACGAUUACUUUGAAUACUUUGGUCCUGACUUCAAGCUGCACAUUAGUCCCUCGAAUAUGGCGAAUCAAAAUACACCAGAAUAUCUCGAGAAAAUAAAAACAAGAUUGUUUGAGAACUUGAGGAUGCUACCUCAUGCACCUGGCGUACAGGUUCAGGUGAUUCCAGAAGAUGGUGCUAUCAUUGAAGAUUCAGAAGCUGAGGAUAAGAUUAAUCCUGACGAAAGAUUGCCGCAACGCGACUUAGAUAAGAGAAUACAACAUGAAAAUGAGUACAGCGAUAGUGAAGAUGAAGGCGAAGGUGGUCGAAGAGACAACAGAUCAUUCAAAGGAUCUAGUCGAAAGCGACCGCGCUUGGAGAAAGGUCAGGAGAGCAUGGACACUGAUAUAAAGAAAGAGGACGAUCUCAAAUCGGAUCCGAAAGAAAAUGAGAAAGACGAGAAGACAAAUCCCACGAAUGAGGAGACGAAGAAAGAUGGCGGAGCGAAUCCCUGAUAAACGAUUGUUCUAAUGUGUCUGAGGAAAUGGAAAGAUGUCUUUAUUUAAAUUUAACAUAUAAUCAAGUUUAAGUGAUUUAUGUGACAGGAGCAUAUUGGUGCAUAGAUGUCCGCUGCCUCUACUUUGCCUCGCCAUUCGAAAGAUCCCCUUGUUUUUGCGUUAAAAAAUCCGGAAAAAAUUUUCAAAUUCUCACAAAUAACGAAUCUGUUUCUGGCAGCGCCAUCGUCGCCGAGAUUUACACGUAUGAGCGUGUAUGUAGCUUAAUACGCUCCACAAUUUUAAUCGUAGACUGAUAAAUUAAAAAAUGUGCAAAUAUUUUCAAAUCAGCGCUUCUCUUUCAGAACAAUCAUCUGCGAUUGAAAACAAUUGGAACAGAAUGCACGGUGUCCCGAUCGAUUCAAGAUUUUAUAAUCUGACCGCGGUUCUCUUUAUAUAUACAUAUAUAUGUUCAACACGCAUAUGUCAUCAUCUCAACUAGUCAUCAUGUAAGCCAAUAAUUCCGAGGGACCUUUCUGUGUAUCAGUCGAUUCUAGAAGUUUACGUAAACUCGCGUCAGCCUUUCGUAGAUUUGAAGAUUAUAAGAUAUUGGCGACCUUUCAGGGCACCGAGCCGAUUCUAUCGUUCUAAUACUCCAAUCAAAUUUCUAACGGUUGCAUAUAAUGAAUAUAUACGCCAUAUAAAGCGGAACAUUUAAAGCUAUAUUCUCUAAUGUCUUCGUUGCACACAAAUAUCGUGCAUGUCUAAGAAAUUAGCAAUAACGAAAGUGGAACUUUCUCCUUGUCGUAUUUUUUCUUUAAGCUUAACUCAAGCUUUCUUUAUUUCAUCUGUUUUCUACAUGAGCAACGGGUACAUUUCGGAUAUAUCGUUUUGAACGUCCCACUUUGUAUAACGUACGAUUGCUCGUGCUGUUGACGCAAUACACGUCGCGUCGUACGGUGAACCGAACUAUAAGUCCAUGAAACAAUAAUACUAUCGAAGAGCCAAGAUUGAUUUAUAGGACUGGAACGGUUCGACGAAUUCGUUUGCUUCCUACUCUUGUACAUACACAACACAAAAUUAAUCUUAAACAAAGCUCUUGCACGCAAUAACGACACAAUAGUGAUGAAAAUCGUCAUUUUUCUUGAAAGUGUAAAGUAUUUCGUCUCUUAUGUAUUACUCGAAAGAAUAGUGGGAAUAGUUCUUUUUAGCAAUUUCUCUGUUCAUCUGUAAACGAGAGUAUAUUUCUAGCCGAGACAAGAUAUUAACGUCGGCCGAUAUUCGCGUGCGUUAUUCGUAUUUACGUGCAUUCAUUACCAGGUAACCUUGUAAGAUAAAUUUCAAUGUUGUCACUACUACAUGACGAACCAGAGAGAUGUUAAAAAGGAAGAAAAAGAAUACCCACCGAUUAUUUCGAGUGAUACACGAACGAUGCAAACAAAACGAUCAGCAAGUGCAAGAAAGAGUAAAAUUAAAUUAAAGUGAAAUUAUGGCGGUUGAGAAAUAUAUCGAUUUCAAGUGUAGCUGUAGAAUCUUAAGACAUACAUUAGGCUAGGUUCUCUAAGAAAUAUGAAAAUUAUUCUCGUGAUGAAACAGGUCUCUCCAUUUCUGCAAGACAAAGAUUCAAGAUUGCGAAAACGUAGCUCCAAUUUCGCACGAAGAACGAGGCCUGCGAUCGCUCGCAUUCUCGAUGUUUCUGCAACAAUGAUUGUGAACUCUGAUCCUUAAGUUACGUAUUUUCCUUGAAUUUCCAUUCGUGCGCGACAACAAUAAACGUGCAUUUUUUGACAUCAAUUUUAUGUACAUAAAAUUAUCUUUUCUUCAAGAUGUCGGAUCGGAACAAUCGAUUCUCUUCGCGUCCUCUAAAUUAGGGAAUCAAUCGUGACCAAUCUUUUCACCUAAUGUGAAUUCGUGAAAAGUGAAAAAAUCUAACUUUGAAAAUAGAUAAAAAUGUUCACUUCUCAAGUUUAUGUUGGAGGAAAAGAUUUAUCACCUCCAAAUACUGCAAAAUUAUUCACUUAUCAUGAUUUCAUGUUAGAGAUAAAGAUUACAUGAUUGAUUAAUAAUAUCAAGUUCACGUGAAAUGUUCAUGAUUGAUGCCCAGAUCGAACACGUCGAUUUUACUUGUAAUAAUAUCUGUAACUGACCGAUACCUACCUACCUACCUACCCACUAUACAAAAGUAAGAACAAAUUCGAAGUGACAUUGCGUAUAUCUUUGAAUCGACCCGAAAUACAGAUCAAGUAUUAUAUAUUUAUGUCCACGCGUAAAAGUACAUACAUAUAUGUAUAUAUAUA